UAUAUAUGACGUUUAUUUCAUGGUUUCACGAACAUCAAAACAUUAAUUUUAAAAACCUUGGAAUUUGUUUAUGUUUCCCAUAUAAAUGUUUCUAUAUAAACUGAACAAUCUGCAUACAUCAUUAAUUUACGAGAUAAUGUGGAUCGAAGUACUACAAGAGUCGAUAAUAUCUUAACAAAUUAAAAUGGAUCUCUUAGAAUACCAAGUUAAAAAUGUUCCACCAUCAAUUUAUUAUAUUUCCAACUUUAUUACUAGAGAUGAAGAAUCGCAUAUCAUUAAAAAUGUAUAUUCUGCGCCCAAGCCAAAAUGGACAUUUUUGUCUAACAGAAGAUUGCAGGACUAUGGAGGUAUACCUCAUGAAAAAGGAAUGAUACCGGAAAAAAUACCAAGUUGGUUGCAAGUAUACAUGAAUAAAAUUGAUGAACUAAAUCUUUUUGAGGGCAAAAAAGUAAAUCAAGUUCUUAUAAAUGAAUACUUACCUGGUCAAGGUAUUAUGCCUCAUACUGAUGGUCCCAUUUUUUCUCCUAUAAUAACAACGAUAACAUGUGGCUCGCAUACAAUUUUAGAAUUUUGGGAAAAUAGUGAAUGUCGAACAAAAGUGUGUGAUUUAUUAUUAGAAAGGUGCAGCCUUGUGAUAAUUAAAAAUGAUAUGUAUUCCAAAUAUUUACAUUCCAUUUCUGAAGUUGCAACUGAUGUAAUAAGCAGUACCUAUGCCAAUUUAUGUAAUUGUGGUAUUAAAUAUUUCAUAAACGAUGCAUUAAAACGAGAAACAAGAGUGUCUGUUACUAUUAGAAAUGUUCCUAAAAUAUUGAAAAUAAAACUUUCAUAAUGGCCUUAAGAAAUUCUUUGAUUUAUAUAAAAGGGCUAUAAAAUAAAAAUAGUUAUUAGUCAUUAUUCGUCAUUCAAUUGUACAUGUAUAGGUAUAUUACUUCAAGUGUCAUUAAUGGAAUUCAUUGCAUUAAAAUAACGAAUAAAAGCACACAGCCAAUAACUAAA